AUGAUGGCUGCGGCGAUGCAGCAGCAGCAGCAGCAGCAGCAUCCUCCAGGAGGAAGCAUCUUAGGUGUUGCUCGCGAGAAGGACGAGGGCGCCUUGCGGGCGUUGUGCCAGGUGUGCUCGGCCUCCGGCGAAGUAGGGGAAGCCAGGAAGGCGUGCGUCCUGGUGACGAUCUACCGCAGGGAGAGCGACCUGUUCGCGCUCUUGCUCCGAGAGCGGCACGACGCCGCCUCUUCCUCUUCCGCGGCCGCCGCCGCCGCAGGCCUGGGCGGUGGCGAGGCGACGAGUGCCGGGCUGACUGUGCUGUGCGACAUGUCGCUGGAUGACGGGGUUCACCUGGAGAUGCAGAGCGCCCCCCUCGUCGUCAAGGUCGUCAACACCUGCGGCCAGAGGAUAGCUUAUCUGCUAGAGUUCGGCCGAGCGAUGGACCUGGCGACCUUCCAGCGAGCGUUCACCUCGGCGAGGGGCUACUUCCGACAGAUGCUAACCCUGCGGACUCUUGUGGCCGACUCUUUCUGGCAGGGGUUUGCUUCUGGAGCAGGUGGGCCCGCGGCGGUUUUUCGACCAAGUAAACGUGUUGGAUAA